UCCUCUCUACUUUUUCGCCACCAUCUCUUCCUCUCUCUCUCUCUCUAAAGCUACCAACGAUUCCAACUAUGUCCGGGGAAAACUGGACUCAAGUAGCCAUGUCUGACGAUUCAUUAGUGGCUGACGCGCUGCUCCUGCUCCGCCACUCUGAACCGCCACCACCGCCGAAGAUGACCGACGUAUCUCCUAUCAAGCUGAAAUGGAGCGUUCGUCAACGGAGAUCGAAGAAAGGAGACCAAACGCGAGCUAGCCCCACAACACCUCUUUCCUUGAGCGGUGCCACGUCUCUCAGCGGUGGCGGUGGUGGUGCUACCACCGUGGAAGGUCUUGAGGAGUCCAGCGCCGCCGUCAAACCCUCUGAGACCAUUAGAUCUAAGGUUUCUCAAACUAGUGCAAUAACAACGACAUUGUUCAAGAGAUCAAGGAAGAAAAAGACUUUGGCGGAGCUUAAACAUGAAGAAGUCAUGCUCUUGAAGGAAAGCAAUGGCCUGAAAAAUGAAUUAGCAAGUAUGCGCGAUUUGGUCCAGCAACAAAGAGCAAGAAACAAUGCUUUAAAGAAGAUGAAGGCUGAGUCACAAUCUACCUUGUCCUGCAAACAAGGCUCCUCCUUCUUGCUCCCUGACCUAAACAUGCCACUAGAUACCGACACGAGCCCUGAAGUUAUGUGCUGAACGACGAGCCAUAAUCAUAUUAUUCUUUAGUUUUUCCGAUAACACCUAGACAACUAUACCUCCUUCCCACGAAUAUGUUUUUAGCUGUGUACUAUAUGAGUAAUGAACAAGAUAGAUUAAUCCUGUAUAACCCAUUUAGCCAUUCCCGGUGGCCUCUGUAGAAGAUCACCUCAAGGUGAGGUGAUUUGAGUUUAUGUUUCUUGACAUAUCCUCUUCUCUAGCUGGUAGUAUAUAUUUUUUUUGCUCUGUUAUUCUCCCAUUUUUACAGGAUGAGAUGUAAUUACCAUCAUAGAUAAAUACACUUUCCUAUAUUUUCUUAUUAUCUUUUAGUAAGAUUCACUGCAAGAUCAGAUUCCUUUUCUAUCAAUUUGUAAUUUGAUUAACGAAUUAAUAUUAUUUCAUUAUGUCAUGUGAUGUCUCUC